AUGCCUUCUCUGAGUAACCUUCGACUUAGUCCUAUUAAUCUAGCAAGAGAUUGGGAUCCGUUAUUCAGAACUUUUUGGAAAUCAUGGAGCAUCCCGAGACAGGCGGCAAUGGUGGCGACAUUUCCUCAUAUAGGCGAAGGAGGACCUGAAGAGGCCGAAUCGUUUGAAGUCAAGAAAGCCCAGUAUCUCGCCGCCGCGAAGAGCAGUCCUGGACAGAUGUGGUACAAAGUUGUUGAUGAAGAGCAACCGCUUUUGCCCAUCGUUGGUGGCAUCUGCAUAACACACUGGAAAGAGGAGCAACAGCCAAGGCAUAUGCCAGAUGAGCCCCAUGAGGGAUUCGAGCCGGGCUCGCAGAUUCGUAAGAUGUCUGAGCAGUUUUACGGACAGCUUCAUGACUGGCACAGCCAAAUAAUGCGGCCACGAGAGCAUGUUUAUGGCCACGCGAUGUGGAUACUUCCAGAAUAUCGUCAGCUUCGUGCUGCACCAAUGUUGAUGAAGGUGAUAACAGACCUGUGUGACGAGCAUGACAUUGAAGGAUACGGUGAAUUCGUGCAAAUGAGCUACGGUUUGGGGGUCAAGACUGGUUUUGAACUCGUCACUAAAAGGUUUUUGAAGAUGAAUAUCGAGAAUCCGACUGAGGAUUCUCAAGCGAUGAUUAAGGAUUUUCUGUCGGAGCCAAUACAUUUGAUGGUGAGACCCAAGAGGAGUGACUUGAAGAGUGGCCGUCGACCUACCUUUGGAGGAUUGAAGGAGUCGAAACUAUAG